AUGGCUGCCUCCAAAGAACAGACCUCGUACCCGAGUCCAAUGGCUGUGCAAGCCACAAAGUUAUCAAUCAAGACUGGGCUUGCAGAUACCUCUGAAGCCUACUGCAUCACAUCCCAUAGUAUUGCUCUUGGCGUCAGUGCUGGUGAAAUGGUUCCCGUGAUCUCCUUGAUCGGCGGACGGUAUACAUGA